AUGAUGCUCUUUCCUUCUCUCCUGCUCGAGGACGACGACAACGACGACGCACCGAAACCAGCGUCUGGGGGGGUUGUUUUUUACGACGAUCCUCCCGUGUUUUUCGAGGAGGAGGAAAAAGAAGAAGACAAAGAAGAAGAAUUCGCCGCGUCGAUGAUUUUCCAUCCGAUGGAUGGAAAAGAAGAAGACGGGAAGAGGAGAAAGAAGACGAAGAAGAAGGAGAAAGAACCUUUACCGAAUAAUACUAAGAAUAAACGAGUUCGAGGAGAGACGAGAGUGACGACGACGACGCGUUGUUCGGAUGGAUCUUCGUACGAUGAUGAUUUUGCGACGAAUCGGAAGGUGGAUGCCUACGACGACUGCUCGGAGGAGUGCUUGCGCGAAGUCGUGUUGAAGACGAUGUCGGAGAACGAACGAGAGAAUCGAGAGAAAGAACAACAACGAGAGGACGUGGAGAUGGGAGCGACGACGACCAAAACGAGAGAGGAGUAUCGUCCGUCGAAUAGCGAAAAUUACAGCAACAACAACAACAACGAGAACGGAUUCGACGCGUUCGAUUUGGACGAUUUUAUGGCAGACUUUGUGCCGCCGGAGGAGAUUGGUCUGCCGCAAAUGAAAGACUCGAACGGAGAUGUUUUGAAAGAAUCCGAAGCGCAAAGGAAGGAUCGGUUGAGGAGAAACAGAGAGGCGGCGCAGUUGUCUCGCGCGAGGAAGAAGCGGCAGUUGGAGGAGUUUGCAAACGCGGCGAAGGUUUUUCGGGAGCAGUUUUUGCAUUCGAACGCGCUCGUUGGGAAGUUGGUGAAUGAAAAUCACGUUUUGAGAAUGCACUUGGCGCAUUUGGCGAGGUUUGUUACCCCGGCGGCGGCGACGGAGGCGCAGAAGAUGAAUUUACCGCCUUUGCCGCCGCCAACUUUGACGAUGCAGCAUUUGCAACAACAACAACAACAAAAUCUGGUUACUUUGAGGCCUGCACCCGUAGCCCCUUCAGCGAUGGCACCGGGAGGAAAGAUUUUGAUCCCGCCGUUCAAUCCGCACGCGUACGCCAAGGCGGCAGACGCGAACACUAGCAAUAAUAAUAAUAAUAACAACAACAAUGGCAACGGUCAAAACUCAAACACGAACUCGCCAAAGCGACAAAGAACGAAGAAAUCUUCAGUCGUGGCCACGGCGACAGCGCUCGCGCUCUCAACCGCGUGCGUUUUGAACAAUACGAACAAAGCCGCGACGGUUGUUGCGAGAAGUGGUACGGCUGCUUCUAUAGCCACGAAUGUUGGGCGCUUGGCGACGCGACAUCUGACCGCUUUACCGGGAUCCUUCGUGGAUUCGCUGGAAGGCGGUUCUGAAGACGUCGGCAUCAUAGCCUCUCCGGAUCUCAAACAAGCGCUUGAAAUGAACUGGACCAUGCCCGAUCAAGCCGAAGUGGAGGAGAACAAGCACUCGAAAGCGCUCGCGUUUGCCUCGGAAGCGAUUAAAAAAUUGUCGUUUGAUGACAACGACGACGACGACAAAAUGAAAGUGAAAAGGGAGGAAACGGCGAUGAAUUUAUGGUCGAAGGAAGACAAAGAAACUCGCACCAUGCUCUCGGACAAAGAAGCAAACAAAAUCGACCCGUGGUUUGCCGCUUUUCGCGCGGCGAGAAUGCACGACGUCAUUCAAAAGAUGUCUCGAGUCGAUUGCGCCGAAGUCUUUCAGUAUAAGCUUCAACCGGAAGAGGAGGAGGACGUGAACGAGCAAACUAUGUCUGACGCGGCGAACGUAAUCACAAGUGAGUACGAAUCGCCCGAGCAACGCAUCGCGAGAAAACGCGCGUCUGGAGCGAUUCCGUUGGACGACGGUUCGGGGUAUCCGCAAACGACGACUUCGCACACAGUCUUCCAAUCGGAAACGAAAACCACCGCAACGUCGUCUGAGGACAAGAACAACAAUAAUCCGUCUUCAUCCAUCGUAUCCAUGCUGUUACCCCCGUGGGAAAUGACGAACGGUGCGAACGAUAAAAGCGCGGCAGCAAUGUUGCGACGUUUGACGAAGACGUUCAUCGUCAUGUUCUCCAAAGACACCGGUACGUACACGACGUACGCGUGUCGAUUACCAAUCGCGAAUUUGUAA